AUGUCCGAAGAGUUCGUCAUCAACCCGCCCUAUGGUGCCAUCAUCCGUCAAUUCUUCCAUUCACAAUUCUUCGGAACGCCGACGUAUCCCACAAAGUCCUUCGCCAACCAGACCGUCGUCGUCACUGGCUCCAACGUUGGACUCGGUCUUGAGGCAGCUCGCCAUGUCUACCGCCUGGAUGCCGCCAAAGUGAUCCUGGCAGUCCGCACAGUCAAGAAAGGUGAAGCCGCCAAAGAAAACAUCGUGGGAACCGUCAAGCACCGUUCGGACGGAUCAGGAGCCGUCGAAGUCUGGCCCUUGGAUCUCACGAGCACAGCUUCGACCCUCGCCUUCGCAGAGAAAGCCAAGUCGCUCCCGCGACUCGACGUUGUGAUUGAAAACGCGGGCGUCGUCAUCAACGGCUUCAGAACAUCCGAGGGUUUCGAGGAGGUCAUCCAGGUCAAUGUUCUCAACACCUUGCUCCUUGCAAUGGCGCUCCUGCCAAAGCUGAAGGAGACCAAACACAAGUUUCCCGAGUCACUUCCACAUCUCGAGAUCGUCUCGUCCGACGUCCACUAUCUCACCAAAAUGCGAGAACUCAAUGCACCGGAUCUUUACGCGAAAUUGAACGACAAGAGUACAUUUGACCAGAACGACAGGUACAACAUCAGCAAGGCACUGGAGGUCCUUUUCAUACGUGAGCUGGUGUCCCGCUUGGGCGACGACAAGUCGGUGGUCAUUGACCUCGUCAAUCCUGGUCUCUGCUGGUCUGAGCUUGAUCGGAACAAUCCUCUUCCACUCCGAGUGAUCCUGUUCUUGUUCCGUUCCGCAUUCGCGAGAAGCACAGAGGUUGGGUCCCGAACGCUGGUGCACGGCGCCAUCGCUGGUCAAUCAAGCCAUGGUGAGUUCAUGUGCGACGGCCACAACCAGCCUGUGGCCGCCUGGAUCCCCACCGACAUGGGAAAGAAGGCCCAGGUUAAAGUCUUUGAGCAAACCAUGAAGAUUCUCGAGGCCAGGAAACCCGGCAUUGGCAAAGAGGCUGGUUUGUGA